AGAUCAAGCCGAUUGGGAAAUCGGACUUGCAAGACUCACUGCGAGCGCUGGCUUGCCGCUCCGAUGGGUUGAAAAUCAUGAGUGGAAAGUUUUGUGUGACCGUUUUCUCCCAAGAGCGAAAAUUCCCUCUGCAAAAGUCUUAACGCAAUGUGUCCUGCCCCACGCCCUUAAUAUACUCAAAGGUGCCGCUAAAGAGGAAUGUCAAGGCGCUGAUGCAACAUUGCAAUGCGACAGUUGGACUGGUGAAAAUCACCAUCAUCUCCUGGGGUUUAUGAUGACUGCUCGCCGAAAGGUAAAUCUAACUGGAGACUGUCAAUCAUUUUACUAAUUAUCUAUUUAGUUGCACAUGAUUAAAGUUCACGAUGCUUCGAUGGACCCUCACACUGCCGAAGAACUUCUCAAGCAGAUGUUAGACGCAAUCAGCAGAAUCGAGACCAAGUGGGGGGCAAGUGUUCUCGCUUGCACCACAGACACAUCUGGUGAAUCACGAAAGGCUCGGCGUCUGCUUCGAGAGCAGCUACCCCACAUUGUUGUUCCUAAUUGCUUGGCUCAUCAGUGGAAUCUCAUUGUAGGAGACCUUUUCAAGGUCAAAGAUGACUACGGGGUCUAUGGAGACAUGGCACAAGAGCUAAUUACGUGGCUACGCAGCAAGACACGUGUGCUUGCUAUUCUCCGUGAAAUACAGAUGGUGACAAUUGGAAAAACACUUGCAGUUCUCAGAGCAGUGCUGACGCGCUGGAUGUCACAUUAUCUUGCCUAUCGCCGUCUCCUUGAGCUUCGUCCUGCACUCGAAUUGCUUGUAACAAUGCAUGAAGCUCAUUUGAUAUCAGGUGGAGAUGUACGGUCACGCAGAAAGACUCAAAUAGCCAUUGCGACAAUCAAAAAUGUGACAUUUUGGCAUGCAUUGGCAAGAUGGAAAACAUUGCUGGAGCCAAUUUCCCUCAUGACGAACGUUCAUCAAGCAGCCUAAGCAAGACCCGAAAAUGUUGCAAUUUCAUUUGGUUUCCUGCACUUUCGCCACUCCAAGAUCGACAACGACACUGAUCUUGCAGCUCAUACAGCUGUUCUUGCGAGCAUCGAGCGCCGCUGGGAACAGUGUGACCAAGAAGUCUUCAUCGCUGCCAUCAUUGUGAAUCC